AUGGCGUUGGACUCAUCUUUCUCGAUGAGCAACCUUGGUGAAGCAGAGCCAUGGUCGAAUAGGCGGUCCGUAAUUCUUGGUGUCAUUAUUACAUUCCUGAUAACAUCAUGGUUUUGCGUACUUGGACGUCUCUACGUUCGUGCCAAAAUUGUACGAGACCCCGGGUGGGAUGAUCUAUGUGUUAUGUUCUAUGCUCUCUUUACAACCAUUGGGAGUAUCUGCGUUCUGCUGGCCGCGGAUCGCUAUGGACUUGGCCAACACUUUUCGUCCCUCACGCCCGAGCAGAUGGUAGCAUACCUCCAAGUUUUCUAUGUCUGCAACGCGUCCUACUGUACGGCAACGGCCUUUAUCAAGGAAGCCCUGCUCCUCCAGUAUCUGCGCGUUUAUGGUCGUGGGCACAUCAUGUGGCGCCUCACCUUUGCCGUCAUCAUUUUCACCGCAAUCUGGGGAGUCGCCUACUCCUUCAUUGCUUGGGUUCCGUGCUUCCCCGUGACCGGUUUUUGGACGGGUAAUGGCAAGUGCUACGGCUACGGCUCGCCCAUUCCUACUCAGUUUGUCGGCACCUACGAGAGCCAUACGGCCAUUAACAUGAUCUUGGACUUUAUUGUCCUCCUCAUUCCACUGCCGCUACUUGUCAGAGAGGGGUCAACACUGAAGCAGAAACUACGGAUCCUAGGUUUGCUCAUCAUGGGUUCAUUGUAA